AUGUCUGAUGAUAAUUUGACACUAAUUGAAGAGAUGAUGAACAAUUUGAAUACUACAAAUAUUAAUGUUACGAUUUCGACUACUAGACCCAUUCCACUUCCUCCCCAAUAUCGUUAUCCUUCAGGCUAUACGCCUGCGCACAUCGUCGUAGCCUCAAUCGUAGCCACUUUACUAAUGAUCGUAGUCAUAGUGGGUAACAUGCUAGUAAUCAUUGCCAUAACCACAGAAAAAUCACUGAAAAACAUUCAAAAUUGGUUCAUAGCCUCAUUGGCGGUGGCUGAUUUUUUCCUUGGACUAGUCAUAAUGCCUUUUUCAUUAGCAAACGAGCUCAUGGGAUACUGGACUUUCGGGCCGUGGUGGUGCGACGUGCAUUCCGCAAUGGACGUACUGCUGAGUACCGCUUCUAUUAUGAACUUGUGUCUGAUCUCGUUGGAUCGGUACUGGAGUAUCACGCAAGCGGUGGCGUAUCUGAAGAAACGGACGCCUAGGAGGGCGGCAAUUUGGAUUGGGGCGGUAUGGGCGGCGGCCGCCCUUGUUUGCAUACCGCCACUGUUGGGCUGGAAAGUGGAACGGAGAGAGGCGGAACAAUAUCCACAAUGUCAGUGUAAGACAAGCUUAACUGAAGUCGCGCACCUUUCUAAUAGGUAUGACCAACUUAAAAUUGAAAUUGCCCGAAAAAAUAACUAUAUUAGUAAUUUGGAGACAGACUUAGAAGAUCUAAAAUCUUCUCUUAGCGAAGAGUUAACCCGACUCAGUAAUGACAACAAGCUGAAAGAUGAUCAUAUCAAACGCCUCCAGAGACGUACUCAUGAUUUUGAUGCAGAAGUUAUUGAGGCGGAGAAUAAUUAUGAAUUAACUAUUCAGUCACUUAAACUUGCAAAUAAUCGCAUUGAAAAGGAGUUAGCUGAUCAAUUGAAGGCAAGUUACAAUUUAAGUGUGGAAAAUAAAGGCCAUCUAGUAAAAAUUCAGACUGCUAAUGCUGAACUAUUUAAACUUAAUGUUGAACGAGAUAAACUUAAGGACCUUAACAAUAAACUACUGAAUGAAAUUUCCUCGUUAACCAAAGAAAAUAUCAAAUUUGCACAAAGCUUGAGCACAAAUAGUGAACCUGUCUACGAGAGGAACCGCAGGUUCGGACAUUUGGUUCACGCACUAGCUCGAGCGGGCUAUGGUGCGAAGCUACCAUCCGUUGGUUUAUGCCUGAACGCCUCUAAGGCCGUAUCCUUUCUAGUCAAAGGUGGCAACGAUAACUCUUGGAGUUCCGAGAGUCGAAAGGCUCAAAACAAUGUGACUUUACUAGGCGGUCGGCGUUCGCGCCGAUCGUCGCACGAGCCCUAA